AUGCUUCGAACUAAUUAUUUUAUAUAUUCACUUUUGUUUAAGCAUAUCCAGCUGCAAAGUGAUGCUACAAUUGAUGGAACUACUUUAACAGUAACUACAUUAGCUGAUUAUCAAUCAAUCAGUUCAAAUAUCACUGAAUCUCAGAUACAAACACUCAUCAUUCAAGGAGAAGAUGUUUCAUUCACUACUGUUGAUAAAAUCGAUAAUUUGGCUAUAUCUAAAUUAGUAGUUAAUUCUACGACGACAACAACUCUUGGAGAAUCAUUAUUCCAAAAUAACAAAUACAUUAAAACAGUUGAAUUAUCCGAACAUGUAACUACAAUCAAAUCAUAUUGCUUUGAUCACUCUUCAAUUGAAUCAAUAAAUUUAGAACACGUUACAACUUUCGAAUCUUAUACAUUUAGGGCCUGUAACAAGCUUACAGAUCUCUCAGUUUACACUGCUAAUAUACCAGAUUACUUCGCUACCGGCAGUACUAAUCUCAAAAAUGUAAAUUUGAACGAAGAGAAUGUAGUUAUUGGCCAAUAUGCAUUCCAUGAUUGCACAUCAUUAUCUGAUCUUAACUAUUCCAAGAUCAUUUCUUACGGAAAAUACAGUUUUGCCUAUUCAUCAAUCAAAAAAGUUGCAAUUUCACCAGGUGUCACUUUAAUUGAUGAAAGAGCGUUUUACUGUUCACAAAUAAUAUCAAUAGACUUCCAAGAAAGAACAGAUUCCCUUACAUUAUCUUCAGAAUCUUUUUCAAAUUUAUUAAUUACAAGAAUUGACUUACCAUCAAACUUUGUAUUAUCUUCAAAGACAUUCUGUAAGAAUUCCAAGCUUGUUUCUGUUGUUUUGACUUAUGAUUAUGAUACAAUUCCUUCUGAAUGCUUUUCUAGUUGUUUUUCAUUGAAGUUUUUCACAGCACCAGGCUUACAAACACUAAAUGAGAAGGUAUUUUACAAUUGCAAGUCCUUGAAAUCGAUUUCGACAAGUAAUUUGACGGAAGUUGGAAAUUCUUGUUUUUCUUAUUGUGAAAGUUUAGAAAUAUCUGUUCCUGUGAAUAUUUCAACCAUUGGAGAUUACGCUUUCUCAUAUUGUUCCAAAGUAAAUUUGCCAAGAAUUUCAAAUACGUCAGUUUUAGGAAAAUAUUCAUUUUUGGGUUGUUCGAAUUUACAAAAACUUUAUUUGAGAUUUUCUUUCGGACAAGGAUGUUUCCAAGGCUGCCAAAAGGUUACAGACAUCAUUUUCGAAAAUCCUGUAACAGAAAUUCCUGACUUCGCUUUUUGUAAUUGUUCAAGUUUACAAAAAGUGUCAUUUAAUACUAAUUUGACAAAAAUAAGAAAAUACAGUUUCUCUAGUUGCAAUCUGAAUAAUUUAGUUAGUUUAAGAUACGUUGAAACUAUUGAUGAUUACGCAUUUUCUUAUACAAAAAUCACUUCACUUUUAUUUUCAAAUUUAGUUUCAAUUUCAGAAUUUUCUUUUUAUGGCGUAAACUCAAUAACAAAAAUAACUUUAGCUAAAGAUUGUGCAUAUUUCGAUGCAUUGCCAUUCGCUCAAACAUCAGGAAUUUCUAUUGUUACUGAAUUAAAACCAAGAAAUGUUUCAAUAACUGAUGAUAAUUUGUUGAUUUUGAAUGGAAAUACAUUGAUUUGUUUGCUUCCUGAAUAUUCUUCAUCAUCUUUCACGAUUCCUGAAGAAAUUACUACAGUUCAAAAAGGUUUCUUGGCUUUGGCAAAAAAGGUUAAAACCGUGGAAGUGUCAAAUGACAUCAACUUAAAUAAAUUGUCUUUUUAUGGAUCUCCUUAUGUAAAAGAAGUCAAAAUCAGAUUCGAAAAAACUGCUUUUUCUGAAGAUGAAACUGAUAUUUUGCCAAGUAAUUUCUUUGCAAAUUCUGACAGUUUACAAACUGUUACAAUUACAACGCCAAUAGCAGCAUUAGGAGAACAAUGUUUUACUAAUUGUCUGAAACUCAAAACAUUGAAUUUACCACAAGAAUGUCAAACAUUCCAAAGCAAAGUUUUUUACAAUUGUCAGAAAUUGUCAACAGUAAAUUUGACUUUUGUCAAUAGUUUGUAUCCUAAUUGCUUCGAAAAUGCUGGAAUAACAACAAUCAAUCUCUCUAAUUUCAAGCAUUUGAAUGAAAGUUUAUUCAAAGAUUGUAAAUCUCUCAAAACUGUUGACUUUACAACUAUUCAAUUUAUUGGAGACAAUUGUUUUGAAAAUUGUGAAAAACUAUCGAAAGUAGAAAUCACUCAUUCCAUUAAUUUAGGAGAUAAAGUCUUUUUGAAUUGUAUUGGCUUGAAAACAGCUGUUUUAAGUGGUUUGUAUUCGAUUCCUGAUUAUUGUUUCGAUGGAUGUGAGAAAUUAAAUUCUGUUUCAUUCAGUGACAAUCUUUAUUUGAUCGGUUCAUAUUCAUUCAGAAAAUGCAACAUGAAAGAAAUCAUAGUUCCAGAUAAAACUGUAUCAAUAGGUGUCCAAGCUUUCUCUUAUUGUCCAAAACUUAAAAAAGUGACAAUCGGAAUUGGAAUUACUCAAUUUUCUGAUGAUGAUAAAUGGUUCAUUGGAUCAUCUGUUGAGAAGUUGAAUUUGCCAUCAUCAUUGGUUGACAUUUCCCAGAAUUCGUUGAAUAAAUUGUUCAAUGUUAAGACGAUUAAUUUCUCUCCAGAAAGUCGUCUUUAUAAAUUUGAAACGAACUCUUUAAUCAACAAAUUCUCAAAUGCAUUUUACACAACCGUUGGUAAAUUGUCACUUUUGUUUACCAUUCCAGAAAAUGUUGAAGAAAUUGAUUGGUCAGGCUACAAACGUGAGAAGUUUAUUGAAGAAACGCAUGUUGCUUUCGACCAAACAUUUUAUGACAGUGAUUACAGAGGUUCCAUAUUAAAAGUUCCAUCAUCUGUUAAAAUAAUUGAAGGAACAAACGAUGAAACAUCUAUUUAUAAGAUUUGCUAUGAAGGAAAAUACUUCCAAGAUGGUGAAUUCGAUAUAACAAAGAAAGUUGUUACUGAUGAUUACAAUAAUCCUUUGUUUAGUGAUGAUGUUUAUGAAGUUGAAAAAUGCAAGAAAUCUCUUCCUGAUGAAUAUAAAUGGAGACAUAUCCAUGGAUUGUCAAGUGCAGAGAUUGGAUUGAUAGCAUUUUGCGCUUCUGCUUUGUUCUUAAUCAUCUUAUUCAUUAUCCUCUAUUUUGUUUGUCCUUUCGGUGGUGGUGGAAAAUACAAAGUAUAA